AGAUACCACUUACAAUUAGUGCGCAGUGGGUCAAUCACCCGAAUUGCUCUACAUGUUAAAUAUGUCAGAUCGUCUAGAUUUAUUGUUACUGGGUGCUACGGGGUUUACAGGAAAACGGUGCGUUCCGUAUAUCAACAAAUUUUGCCAAUCAGAUGGCUACAAUUUGACAUGGGGGGUUGCUGGACGUUCGAGAUCAAAACUGGAGCAAGUAUUAAGGAACGUUGGGAAUGAAAUUGGUACUGAUUUGCAAAAGAUACCCAUAUUUGUUGUUGAUGUGAACGACCAAAAGUCUUUGGAUAAGAUAGCGCGAGAGGCUAAAGUUGUCAUCAACUGCUGUGGUCCUUUCCGUUUCCUGGGGGAACCAGUGGUUAAAGCUUGUAUAGCCGCUGGUACGGAUCACGUGGAUAUUUCAGCUGAACCACAGUUCAUGGAGAAACUGGAACUGGAACUGAAUGACGCAGCGAGAGAGAAGGGUGUUUAUGCUGUGACAGCAUGUGGAUUUGACUGCGUUCCGUCUGAUCUUGGCGUUGUUUUCCUCCAGAAACAGUUCAAAGGUACCUUGAAUUCCAUACAAACGUAUCUGCAAACUUGGACAGAAGAAGACGGCCACAACAAGUCGAUGAUCGGCUACAAUUCUAGUUCUAUAAUAAAUGUUGGCACUUGGGAAUCUCUUGUUCAUGCUGUAGCUAACUGGAAAGAGAUUGUACAAAAUCAUAAGAAGUUAUUUCCGGAGAGUAUGUCCAAAUAUCAACCGGAAGUCAAACAGAAAUAUGUUCCUCAUAGAAGCAAAGUUGUGGAAGGCUGGUGUGUCCCCCUACCCACAGCAGAUGCCUCGUCGAUAAAAAGAACCCAAAAGUAUUUGUUCGAAGUGGAACGUAAGAGGCCUACACAAAUCAACACCUACUACGUCGUGAAAUCAUUCACCGAAGUGUUCGUAAUUAUAUUAUUCGCUCUGAUGUUCUAUCCUCUUACUAGGUUCAAGUGGGGCCGCAGUCUUCUGCUGAGGUAUCCAGGAAUUUUCUCUCUUGGCAUGUUUAGAAAAGAACCUCCAACAGAAACAACUAUUCGGAAUACCUGCUAUCAAGUUUUGCUUUACGGCGAAGGUUGGGACGAUCGUGUAGGUCCUGGCGAUUAUCAGUAUCACAAGCCGUGCGAUAAGUGUAUCCUUGGACGCGUCAGUGGAAGGAAUGGUUACGAGGUGAUUUGCAUUGGAGUAAUCCUCUCGGCGAUAACGAUCAUCACCGAAAAGGAGAAGUUACCCAAAGGGGGCGGAGUGUUCUCAGCAGGGGCAUGUUUUGCGAAAACGACUUUAAUAGACCAACUUGUCAAACAACGCGUGGAAUUUGAAGUGAUUUAUCAAAAGAAAAUUGUAGAAUCACCGGAAUGAGUUGCAGAUGAAGCUUGUAUUAUUUCAAACUGGACUAUUUUUUGGGAAAAGAAAAAUCUAAAUGUUAUCAAAUUUUUAUACAUGAAAAUUGUUCCUUCAAAGAAUAGUGUCGUGGUGAAGUUAAUUUUAAUAUUAUACGUAUAUUUAUACAUGUUUUAAAUAUAUUUUUCGUAUUUUUUUA